AACCGUGAAAAUAGUAUGUUCUUUCGACGCAUGUUUGCGCGUAAGGAUAACAGUGGCAGCGGCAGCAACACCGCUUACGAUUACGAUGAUGAUGUCAAUGGAAAUGACAACACCGACGAACAAGAUGAAAUUGGAGCUUUGGGCGGCGUAACAGCACGCAGUAAGCACUACAGCAACAGCAACGGCAAUGGCGUACUCAGUAACGGCAGUGGCACUAACAGCAGUAGCGAUUAUGAGCUGCAACAGCAUCGACGAAAUGGACUACGCAAAUACGGUGCCGCCACCGCACCCUCAGGAGUGAGUGGAGCUGCCAAGCAUUGCGGUUCCGCCAGCACGCUGCAUCGUGCUGCCACCUCUGGACCGGCUACAGUGCAAUUGACGCCCUUGUGGGAGCACAUAUUGCGUACGCGUACACUUCCCGACAAUGUCUAUCCUAUAAAAAUAUUCGGUGAAUUUCUCGAGCGUUUACGCGAUCCCGAGUGGCAGGUGCGGCAACAUGCUUUACGAGUCUUUGUCGAUGUGUUGGUGGUGAUGCGCGCGGAAGCAGAUGCAUACAUGGAUCCGUUGAUACCGCGUUUGGUGGAGAAUUUGGGACAUCAGGCGCCUACCGUGCGGAAAGGUGCACUUGACUGUCUGCGCGUGUAUCUCGCCGAAACGGCGAUGCCCGAGACAAUAUUGUUACAGAUACUCGAUAUCGGGCUGAAUCAGAAGAUUACAAAUGAACCGUUUGGUGGACGCUUAACAUGCGGUGUUAUGCUAUCCUUACCAGCGCUGGUUCAAUCGACGCUGCACACCAGCAAGCGGCACUACAUACUACGCACGGCCGUAGAGAUGUUAGUGCAGAAGAUGGGUCAGGUGACGCAUCAGGAGAUUACGUUGAAAGUGCUUUCGAAGUUGCGGGAAUUAGUUGGUGAGGACGAGUUUCGCGAGUAUAUGACGAAGAGCGCAUAUCGGGAGUUCGAUUUAUUAUGUAAUGUCUACGGUGUAGAAGGGAAAUUGGCUAACAGUGCGACUAGGCAUGGUAGUGGACAUGUUAGUCAAGUAUAUACCAACAACGCAGCUGGUACUUGGCGUAUGCUUUCCAAGCAAUCUGGUUCCAGCUGUUGGCGUUCCUCGGACGAAGAACAAAUGCUCGAGGAGGCAGCUAAGGGCAAAGUUAUUAUGGAGACUGAGGUCAAAAUCAACGAUGACACAUUAACGAUGCGUAUAUUGGAAGCGAAGGACGACGACUUCGAUACAGAAGCGGAUACGGACUCGAGUCCACGCAAAUCUUUAGACACCUAUCCGAAUAGCUUGGAAGAUGAGGUUGUUUGCGGCCGUUUGCCGAGUGCGUCACACGAUUUAACGCAUGAGAUAAGCGCAGUCGUGCGUUUACUCAGCGAUUCCGAGCUGGACUUGGAGGAGGAUUUGAAUGUUUUAGAGCAACUGGCGCAUCAGCACGAGAAACCCGAGUACUACACAGUAGUAACGCCAUCCACACCGUCACGCACGCCGAAACGCGUCACAUUCGGUGGCGAGGUGGUUAAGAUGCGCACACCGGACAGCGAUGCCAACAAUUCCAACAGUACAAAUAACAAUGGAAAUGGUGCUGCAAAUCACACACACUCACUUUUCGCCACAAAUCCCGGUACACAGAAUGCCAUUGACGCCGGUGGAGGUGGCAGCAGUGACAGCAGUGAAACUGUGCAACGCACUAUCACAACAACUACCACAACAACUGAAAUCACAAUCAUUAGCACACCAUCUACCUCCGCUGCGAGCAGCCCAGUGCCAGAGGAAAGCUACAAGACCAUGGCGCUGAGUGUGGAAAUCACCAAUGACAACACUAAACCACUGCCACCAGUGGAGCCCUCACCAACAGCGCGUCCCAGAACAGCAUCAUCUCCCCGGCGUUCACAAACACCAAACAAUACAGCAGAUGGCGGUGCUGCCACGUCCGCUACGAGCAACGCCAGCACUUCAACCUCAACGACCACAACAAACUCACAGUCACCACCAAAGCGACGAGACUCUGUCGGCAGUGCCGGCACAGUGGCCACCUUAUCACCACGCUCGCCAUUCAAGCGACUCAGCGUUAGUCCGGUGGACAGCAUUAUUAGCCCCAAGACGCCACACAAACCCAUCGAAGUGAUGCACAACUUGCAACGCGAUCCCUCACCAGUGCGUGCACGCAGCGCGCGCCGUGCCGAGUCCAUGAAGAACUUAGCCGAGGCUGCUGAGAGUGGUGAAGUAGCUGCCAGUGCGUUGGCUAAGUCAACAGCGGCGCCGCGUGCACAAACACCCUCGCCGCUGCCGCCAAAAACCUGGGAGGAGUUGGACAUUGUCGAUUAUGACACAUUAUUGGACCUGCGCUCGGGGAGCUGGCACCAUCGCUUGCAGGGCGUCGCCCAACUCGAAGAGGCGCUACGCAACUCCGACACAUUGGCACAGGUACAACCAUGUCUGGACAGUUUGUUGCGCACUUUACUCUCCUCCGAACGCAAUGCCGAUGUGGCGGAAGCCAAGAAGCAGUUGCUAAUCAAUCUCAUAACACGUUUGCCACUGGACAAUUUGGAGGAUCGCACAACACAAAUAAUGACCGGCCUCUGUCGCCAGGGUGGCGCUGGCGCGAAUCGCGUAUGCAAAGCGUUGAUGCAUCGCUUGCCGGCGGCGUCGAUUGUACUCAAAUUGCUGUCGCAAGAAUUUUUACAUGCAAAGAGCUCAAGGUUCCGUGAACACGCACUCCAAAUGGUCAUGUACGCACUCACGACCUUCCCUAGCACCUGCUUCGACACCACAACCUGCGUCACCCAGACCACCUAUGCCGCUUUGAAUCGCAAGCGUCGCGUGCGCCAAGCCGCGCUGGAUGUGCUCGCCAUCUUGGGACAAAUAACCACCGGACGCGCUGUACUCGAUGUGGUGCAGGACAUAGCCUCCGAACGAGAUGAUGGCCCCGCCUUGCUCUCGGCUGUGCGUACACGUCUCUCGCGCAAGCAAAUGCCGGUCGUCGGUGCUGAUGGUCAGGUGCAAUAUGCGCUGCGUGUACCCUCGCCACACUCGGCGGAGGCAGCGGACGCGGCAAAUGGUCAGAUGGGUGCUGAUAUUGAAUGGAUAGUGGCCGGUGUGGGCUCAGUUUCGCCGGGUUCGCUGAAGCGCAGAGGUUCGCGGCGUAGCUUUCGCUGUUUGCCAACACACACCAUCUCCGAUGUGGAUGGUAUUGCCAUGGGCACGCCGUGUGGGAGUUUUCGUAUGGGUGAUGGCGAUGGUAAGCGAAGACAUGCCUUUCAAUCACCACCUGAUGUUUAUGGCAAUUUUCGAGAGUCCUCGGCAAGCAACCAUAACGACUUGCAUUCACACAAUUUCCAGCACAUCCUCGGCAGCAAUUUGCCCGUGCAAUAUGGACAAACCACAAAGAAGACCGCAAAUGCCGACUACAGCAACUACAUGAGCCGAAGGCUGGUGGCCAAAUCCUGCUCGGACUCCUCCAUGGAAGGCAGGAGCUCCGAUAGCAACUACACAAGCAGCAGCGGUGGCGGUGGUGGCAGUGGUGCUAUCAACGGCGGCGAGCGUGCUGCCGCGAAGAGUAACGGUGGUAAUGACAGCUGCACGGGCAUUAGCGGCCGCUUCACACGACAGGCUGUGAACUCACGGUUCCCAGCAAUGGAUCGCAUGGAUGUGAACAACUCGUAUAUGCGCGUCCACAAGCCACCCACGUACAUGGGCGGCAAGGGCGCUUAUGCGCAACUGCAGCAGCAACAAAUCAAUAUGAGUUCAACGUAUCCGAAAAUUAACUAUGGGCUGACCGCACAACAACAACAACAGCAGCAGCAACACCAACAACAACGUAAGCGAUCCCAACAACAGCAGCAUCAAAGGCACACGCCACAGUCAACGCUGGCGCAGCCGGUGGUGGUGGGCACGCGCGCGAUGCCGGCGAUGCGUGGUGGUGGCGGUGGCGGUGUUUAUGCUCCAGAUAAUUUCCGUUCUGCCGAAAAUUCUCCAAAGGAGCAUAACAACAACAACCUAACGCCUAACAACAAUAACAACAUGAAUACGGAUUUGGACGGCACCUACACGAUUUAUACAGCGCUGGAUAAUGGCGGCGCCACGCCUACUGUACAGACAACAAACAAGGCAAAUCAACAGCAACACAAGCAGCAGCAACAACAACAUAUAAAUGUUGCACCAACAACAGCAACAGCAAAUGGUCGGCGUUUUGUGAAUGUGGAGAAAUUUGUAAUGCAAAGCAACAGGACUGGUCCGACGGAUGGAGAGGCAGCUGUGAUUGCGGCAACUGCAAUAGCGGACAUGCAACAACAGCAAAGUAACGGUUCGAAACAAGCCACACCUGUUUCAAGCAAAUCAGUGACAUAUUCACACAAGUCAACGGCAUCGGCGCAAUCGGCUGACGCACGUAGCAACGCAAACGGUACAUACGAAGGCGAGCGCGACGACAACAACACACAAGCACACAACACGGCUAAGGAGGAUACAACGGAUAACAGUACACCAAUACAAAUGGGCGCUUUGCAAGACGCGUGCAGCGAUAACGAAUCACGCAGUCCGACGCCGGUGAAAUGGCGUAGCAAUCAAGAUGUGCUGCAGUUGGAGGAUGUGCAGGAUAUACUCGUGGGCGAUGUCGUUGCGACAGCGACUAAUACACCGUUAAAGAAGAAUGGCAGCUUGGCCAGUUUACACAGCAAAAGCGAGAGCAUUAAAACACAAAUCGGCGAUACGCCAACAGUGCUGUCUCGCACACAAUCUGUGAAGUCGCUGCUAAUUGAGGAAGACAUCGAGGAAGAUAACAGCAGUUUUGUGGUGAUGGAUGAACGUCAAAGUAGCGACCGAAGAGAUCAUACGCGUGAAGCGAGUGCAAGCAGUAAAAAAGACGAACCGCAGGCUGCGUAUAUAAGUGAUGCGGAUGAUGACCAUAUAUGUAAGCAAACUACCGCACCAUCACAACCGCAAACACCUGUGCGCUCGCGUCCACAGUCACGCGCACGUUCACCCACCAUCGCGGAGAUUAAAUUGCUCUCGCGUCGCAAUUCGAUGAUCAAGUCCAUGGAAUCGCUGUACGAACGCCCACCAUCGAAGCAGGAGCUCAUAUUUGAUCAAACCAGCACCGAGUCGGGCUCGGCCACUAGCUCACAGCUCAAUACCACCAUACCGAUAAAACCGCAGCACACACCGUUAAAGCAAAAGGCCAAAACUUCACACUUUUUGAAAAAUCAUCGACGCAUUUCACCGGUCAAGCAAGCGAUUAAAAUGCCACAAGCCGAACUCUAUCCGCCCACACUGCAACGUUUCGACAAACCGCGCGAUGCUUUGCUGAAAACCUUCGAUCAGCUCGACUCAAGCAAUUGGGAGAUCAUAAUGCUGGGCCUCAAAUCAAUGGUGCGCCUGAUGCGCUAUCACCCGGAGCAAUUGGAGAAUCAGAUGCAUAUGGUUUGCAUACAGCUGACGCGUUCAGUGCGUAAUCUACGUUCGCAAGUGUCACGUGCCGCUUGUCAGGCCACCACCGAACUCUUCACGCUCAAAUCCAAAUGUCUGGAACAGGAGUGCGAUGAUUUGGUCUGCGCGCUACUGCAUCGUACGGCCGAUACAAAUCGCUUUUUGCGCGCCGACGCCACACGUGCGCUGGAAUCAAUGUGCGAUAACUUAACGCCACCAAAAGUACUAAACAUACUCACCACCAAAGGCGCGCUGCAUCAGAAUGCGCUGGUGCGCACAACAGCGGCAAAGCUGCUGCAUCGGCUGGUUGAGCGUCUGGGCGGUGAUAAGGUGUACACUAUGCCACGCGAAAAUCGUGAUAAAUUCUUUGUGACCGGCGCAAAUCUACUGCUUGAGGGUAGUCUCGAGACGCGCAGUUAUGCUAAAUCGAUAUUCAGACUGCUCUCCGAUCAUCCGCAAUACAAUCGUUUGCUCAUUGAGGUGAUUCCAACGCGUACAUAUCGCAAUGUGGAGAAGACGCUGAAAAGUAUACGUUGAAACGUGGACGCGACUACAAAUAAAUUAUACAGUUAGUUACUCUUAGUAAAUGCAACGAUACAUUUGUACAUAAAAGUAUAUUUAAUGUGAUUCACAAACGAAUGUUUUCAAAUACGAAUUGCGCUCUGUCACAUUAGGGUAGUUAUAUUUUAAUAAAAUUAUAAUUACACAUUUAUUGAUUUA